UCAGGAAUCACCUGGUCAGGUGUGUUUUGCACAGAAAAGAACUGGUUAAGUUUGAGUUUUUCAUGUGCAGCAAAGGAAGGACGACGCAGGGUUGGAGUACUGGUAAUCUCAUAAUGAAAGCAUUUAUUGGUAUAACGUGUAUCAUCGGAAUUGUUGUGGAAGGCAGUGUCCUCAAAUUUGUCCCUUCGAGGAGAACCACAAAAAAGCCUGACUUUUGCAACAAGUUAGAUUGUCCGAGUUAUAACGUGGAAUCAUCAACAGCGGAUUAUGAAUUACGCAAGUAUGAUCCCUCAAGAUGGGUCUCGGAUGUCACAAAAGGAGUUGACUUUCAAACUGCCCAGAAUACCAACUUCAUGAAGCUGUUUGAAUACAUCCAAGGAAAUAAUGUUGAAAAGAAAAAGAUAGCUAUGACAGCCCCAGUGCUGACAAAGAUCAUUCCUGGCCCUGGCCCUGCCUGUGAGGAUGACUUCACCAUGUCCUUCUUCGUCUCCUCAUCAGAGCACAAUCCUCCUAAACCCUUGGACAAGACAGUAUUCCUCACCUCAAACUCCACUAUGUCUGUGUAUGUUAGGUCCUUUCCUGGUUAUAUCCGUUCAAUCAAUCAGUGGUUGGAAGAAGCUGGAAAACUUGCAAAAGCCCUGGAGGGAAAGGCGUAUGUAAAAGACUAUUACUUCACUGCUGGAUAUGAUAGCCCCUUUCAACUGUUACACAGACACAACGAAAUCUGGUUCUUGGCAGAGGAGUAAAUCAGUUGUGGGAAAAUCUGAAAAAGAAGCAGAAGUAUGUAACAUAAAUGUAUGCUUUAAGCUCAAGAAUAUCAAGCUUGAUGUGAAAAUGUAAUGACAUUAACAGGUUAUGGAUAGUUGGAAAAAUUGGAUGCAAACAAAUGAAGGCUGUUGUUACCUACAUGUUGUAAAGAAACAUUGUUGUCAUUGUUAUGGACUUGUAGAUCAUCUUCUGCAGGGCUGCCUUUUCCACUGGUAGACUCAGAUGGGUUUUAUGACUCUUUGGUGUUGAUUAGAAAUGAAUUAAUCUCUGUAUUAAAUUGCCCUUUUCCACGUUACAAAACUAAAUCUCUUCAGUUAUCACAAUUGUUGUAUGUACAGGUAUGUAGUAUCCUCACAAUAAGGCCAAGUUCCUCAAAUCUGUAGUAGUGGAUUGUAUCUUAUCGUCAUGUGUGUUUAACAUUUUACGGGAAACAUACCAUCAACUUAAUCUCCACUGGCUCUCUGAGACUGUGCCAUGAAACCAGUAUAAAUAUACGAUAGAAAAAAGUUUUAUUGUGGCAAAAAGAAAUGUUUGGGAUUUUUUUUUGUUUUUUGCGAAGUUUACGUUUUGCAUAUCCAUCUAUCUAGAAGGUUUUUUCGUUUUUGUUAGAUUUUUAAUUUUCAUAGAUUUCUACCCAUGUCUUCUCCACAAACAAUGCUAUUACAUCACUUUGAAGUAUAUUUAUGUACUCUCUCUGGUCAUGUUUGCAGUUAGAUAUAUCUUUUGUCUAGAAAACAUUAAUCAUGUUGCUUGGACUACCUGCGGAACAGAGGACUCUUUUUAUUUUUAUCUUUUGGAAACUUUUUUAUUUUUUAUAAAAAAACAUUGACUUUUUUAAUAUGUCUCAUUUAGCAAGGGUAUGUGAUAUAUACAUAUAUGUUUAUGUGGAAUGUUUUAGAUUCGCAAUGUAUGAAUUGUAUUUAAUACUCAGAUGUACAUUUAAAUUCUUUUCUUACAAUAAAAGUAAACCAUGA